AUGAACGACAAGGCUCCCCAGAAUGGCUCUACUGCUGCCGUUAAAGCAGCUUCUACAAACCAAACGGAAUCACAUAUUCCCCAGGACAUAGCCGCCGAUGAUACCAUGCCUGGGAACGGUUCCCAUCAGCCGAAAGCUGCCGAUAUCACAACUAUCCUACAUCAGGUCGCUGGACCUGCGAGUAUUCCUACAGCACGACCUCAACUGAGGAACCAAGAGAUAACGGCAGAGAAUGCCCAGAGCUUUUUUGUGUCAGAUGCUCUUGUUUUUAUUGGAAGUCUCGAUAAGCGGUUUGGUGACGCUGCCCUGACAAAAGGCUCCCAUGAUGCGAUGGACAAAUACGGUAGAUGUUACAUUCAGAUCAAAAAAACCCAGGAGAAUAUGCCAUAUGGGUUUGUACAAUACGAGACCGUCGAGGCAGCCGAAGCCGCGUUGACGAGCAAAGAUAAGAUUUUCAUUUGCGGCAGGGAAGCGCGACUGGAGAAGGGAGGUGCUUCCAGCACUGCCCACAUCGGUUACUGCAACGGACGUCUCAUCACGAUCCCAGAUAUUGAGAAACUGCUGCACGACUUCGGUCACCUCAAAGAAGUUCACAUAAUCAGAGCCGAUCCUAGCUCAGACCGGAAUACUAAUUACGGUGUCGUCAACUUUACCUUCUACGGUGACUUCGCCAACGCAGUUGCAGUCUUUAAAGCAAACAGGGAGGUCUACCUCCACAAAGCGCCCAAACCAGCAUCCAUGGAUAACAACAACACCAACACCAGACAGCAUCGCGGCUGGAACUCCCCAACUGUCCCCUCUCGAGGGAAUUACGGCCGCGCGAAGUCCAACCGCCAGUGGCCCAGCAAUGGUCACGGAAACGGCAAUGGAAAUGGUGGCAACGGGGCAAACAAUGGCAGAGGGGGCUAUCGCAAUGUCUCCAGCCACAGGAGCUCCUUCUCGAGCCAAAACACCAAUCAAAGUUACAACGGCCAGAACUUCCCAUCUCGCACUCCCCCUCCUCAUCAAUACAACGGAGGCAACCAGCACGGCCCCGGCUACUCUGGCGGAAAUACCUUUAACCAAGGAUAUAAUCCCAGGCUCUCCCCAACAAUCGCAAACUUCCCCCAGGGCCAUGUUAUUAACAAUCCCCCUCAGGCCUUCCCACAAGGAUACCCGCCUGUUGGCCUCUUCCCCGGUGCACCCAUGUUCAUCAACCAAGCUGUUGAGGGUCCACCCGUUCUCGACUAUGCUGGUAUGGUAGGCCCUGGGCUUCCUGUGUACUUGCCGGGACCAUACCCUCCAGGUUCCCUUCCUCCCAUGAUGGCGCAGCCCCAGCCGGCCAUCUAUGCUCCGAUGUCUCCGUAUGCCGUCGGUCUUGAUCCAUACCGUGCACCGCCUCGCCCCAAUGAGCCUUUGAUUGUUUCCAGUCAGCCCCAGUAUGACACCGACAACCACAAGGAACUUUACUAUUAUCCUCCUAACCAGAGAUCUAGUGGAAUGGCCCAACCCUGGUUCGAUCCCGCGAACCCGUAUUAUAUGCAGCAGGAAUACAACCAGCAUCCUACUCACGCGGAUUACCAAUACGGCCAGCAGAUGAUGGACCCGUCUUACCCAGCAGGAUACCCUGAUGCGUCGGCAUACGAUCCCACACAAGGUCAAGCUCGAGUGGCAUCGGCUGGAUCACAAGAGACCGAGAGAGGACGUCAUUAUCAGGGUCAUCACGCGAUGGGCGAUGGUGGCUCAGACACACCCCCAGCUGUCCCAAACAACCCACCAAGUGAGCUCGCCGUUGCGGCCGACAGUACUCAGACGGGAAACAGCAGCUUGACUCAUGCGGAAGAGCCCAUCGAAGCCCAUCGUGUGCUCAAUGAGCCUGAGAAUGACCCAAAGAAUGCCAAGUCCAAGCAGGUUGAGUCUACGGUUCCUGAGCCCACCGAUGCGUCUCAGAUCCGGGAAGAGCCACCGAAGGAAACAUCCAGUGAGAUCCAGAAUGGCGACACUGAGCAUGAAAAAUCAGAGUUGACUGAGAUCGAGCACUUGAGAAUUGAGAGGAAGAGCUCAGCAAGCAACUCAACAUCCGACGAAGCAUCCGGCAUCCACACACCAGAGAGCGACAGUGAUCAGCCACGGGAGCGUGCGACUGUCAGCACUGCGCCUCGGGAUAUUUCGCCGUCUACAGUGAUUGCACAGCCAGUGGUCGAGUCACAAUCUUCAAGCGACCCCUUGUCUGCUACUGAGUCUACUCCUACCAAGAUUGACAAAGGCAAAUCUCCUGCCAAGUCCUUUGCUAUAGCUGACCCUGCUACGCCCGGGGUUAUAGAGGCCAAAUCCUCGCUCCCCCAACGCAACAAGCCCAAGCACCAAAAUCCCAAGCCUGAAGUAAGGCGAGAACCAGCACAAUUCUCCGGUCGAACUAUUGAGCAGCAUACGCGCGAAAUGUACGCCCAGAUGGUCGGGGAGGACUCUGACUUCGGGUUCAAAGAAGUUGGAAGGUUCUUUCAAGAAGCAGUCCAAGAACUCGAGGAAGAGCUUCACUCGAAAGAGCCCGAAAAGGCAGGCCCCAGCUCUCAGGGUCGCAGUGACAACGAGCCCAGGGAAUAG